AUGGCGCCAGCCAAGAAAGAGGCCGAGACCAAAGUCAAGCUCACACCAGAACAAGGCGCCGCAGCCAUCCUGCAAUACCUUCGCAAGGAGAAUCGACCAUACAGCGCUACCGACAUCAGCUCCAAUCUCCACAAUGCAGUCACCAAGACGGCCGCUGCGAAGUUACUCAAAGACAUGCACGAGCGUCAGGAGAUUGAAGGACGCGCCUCUGGGAAGCAAAUUGUCUACCAUAUCAUCCAAGAAGAARCUCCCGAAGAUUUCCUCGAAAAGCUCGCCGAGCAAGAUCGUGAGAUUGAACGUCUUCGAAACGAGACCGUCGCUCUCAAAUCCGAAGAAAAGGAACUGCGAGUUUCGCUGCGUGAAAGUGCCGUGCAGAUCCCGCUUCCGGAACUCAAAGCAAGCGUGCAGAAGAUGAUGAAGCAGAAGACGGAGAUGUAUGAGAGACUGGUCAAGUUGCGAGGUGGCAGUGUGAAGCCUGUUAGUAAGGCGGAAAAGGACAAGACGGAGCGGGAGUGGAGGCGGUUGCAGAAGAUUGCGAAGAAUAGGAAGAAGAUUCGUAUGGAGUUGUGGAAGGAGAUUCAGGGGGUUACGGCUAAGGAGCAGUGGGAUGAGAUCAAGGAGAAGCUUGAUUUGGAGCUUUGA